UGUUAGCCACCGAUAGCUAGCAUUGCUAAACGAUGCAGCUAAUAUCUUAUCGUGGCUAUAAAAUACAUACUCUUUAGAUAUAAAACAAAAAAAUGGCUUUCAAACGAAAGCCCGCUGUAAUUAUUCACGUGAAGCAGCCGGGACAUGAUGCCACUUCAGGGUCGACUGGCUCCUCUUUGCUGUUUAAGGAAGAUGCAGAUGGACAAAAGCUAGCCUUGAUGAGGGAUCAACAGCUUAAUGUUGCAGAGGGUGAGAAACUGUCCUGUUUAAAUGAAACUGUGCGACAGAGGAAACUACCAGAUGCGCUGUUCAAUACUAAAGUUCGAGACAACAGACUAGAUGCUCAACAGCUGAUGCUCAUUAAAGAAGAAACGCCUGAAGGAUGGCGGUCUGGUGUGGACCCUGUCCACAUAAAGGAGGAAGAGGAGGAACUAUGGACCAGACUGGAUGGAGAGGACAAAGAUUCUUCUGAAGAAUGGAGGCCUGGUGUGGACCCGCUGCACAUAAAAGAGGAAGACGAGGAACUCUGGACUUGUUUGAGGGGAGAACGGCUUGAUGAGAAGAAGGAGGUGGAUGCCUCCAUGUUUUCACUCAUUGCCUCUCCUCUUAAGAGAGAGUAUGAAGAAGAGAAACAUCUGUUCUCACAUCUUCAAAAACGCCAAAUAAAAGGGGAAGAUUUUCCAUCCUGCAGCUCAGCUGACCAGAUAAAAGCUGCAACCAGUGGAGAGAACUGUGGAGAAGCAGAAACUACAAUUAACCCUGAUCUAAAGACCUCUGAAGACGAUUCCAACUCCUUUGAGACUGAAGUCAGUGAUGAAGAUGAUGAAGAGGACGAUGAUGUGGACAAUCCUGAAUAUUGGCUGGUGCAUGAAGCUGACUCUGGAGCAGAAGCUAAAGGCAGUGAUGAUGACUGGAAGGCGAGUAGGACAUCUGAGUCAGGUGUAAACACUGCGAACACAUCUUUCAGCUCCUCUGAGGGUGAUAAACAAUUUAACCACUGGUCUUUUCCUGAACAUGAAACAAGUAAUUCAAGAAUGGUAUCAACUGGUUGUUUUGCUCAGAAAAAAGUUUGUAGAGUAAAAAGUAAUGUUGACUCAGAGGGAAAAGUUCAGAAAUUGUUUAGUUGUAAUAAUUGUGAUAAAACAUUUACAAGAAAAACAGAUUUAAAAUCACACCUAGAAAUUCACUCAGGAGAAAAACCGUUUGUUUGUGAUGUGUGUGGACAAAGAUUUACCCGAAAGACAACUCUGGACAUCCAUGCAAGAAUCCACACUGGCGAAAAACCAUUUGGCUGUGAUUUUUGUGGACAACGUUUUACCCAAAAGUCAACUUUAAUCACACAUAUGAGAAUCCACACAGGACAGAAACCGUUUGAAUGUGUUGUAUGCGGACGAGGAUUAAGCAGGAGGACACAUUUAAACAAACACAUGAGAAUCCACACAGGACAAAAACCUUUUGGAUGUGAUGUUUGUAGACAAAGAUUUAUUUGUAAGAAGAGUUUGGAGACGCACAGGAGAAUCCACACAGGAGACGAACCGUUCGUGUGUGACAUUUGUGGACGAACAUUUACGCAACAGGGAUCUUUGAUGUCACACAAGAGAAUCCACACCGGGCAAAAACCAUUUCAUUGUGACGUAUGUGGACAGAUGUUUAGUCGAAAGACCAACUUAAAUACACACAAGAGAAUUCACACAGGAGAGAAGCCGUUUGGCUGUGAUGUAUGCGGACAAAGAUUUAACCAAAAACCAACUUUAGUCGCACACAAAAGAACCCAUACAGGAGAGAAACCGUUCGCUUGUGAGGUCUGUGGACAAAGGUUUAGCCGGAAGACGAACUUGAACACGCACGUGAGAAGCCACACAGGAGAGAAACUUGCUUGUGAUGUGUGUGGAGAAGCAUUUAACCAAAAGUCACGUUUAAACCGACACAUGAGGAUCCACACAGGAUGGAAAAUAAUUUAA